UUAGUUCAUAAAUCCUUCCCUCACAAUAAAAAUUAAAAAUUACAUGAUGCCCCACAAUGCCUUUUUCUUUGUUAUCACCAUGACUCAAAAGCUAUCUAUUUUCUCUAACUUUUGACUCACACAUUCUUUUUUCCUUCCUCUUUUCUCACUCUUCUUUCUUGCUCUCUAAGAAUUGCAUCCCUCUAUUAAUUAAAGGCCAACGAAGCAUUAGAAGAGGGGUGUUCGUUCAUCUCCUCUUCUCGCAUAUUCUACAAACAUUGAUAUGUCGUCCUCGACGGAUUGGGGCCCAGUGAUUAUCGCGACGAUACUCUUCAUCUUGUUAUCUCCUGGUCUUCUGUUUCAAUUGCCGGCGAGGGCGAGGGUGAUCGAGUUAGGAAACAUGGGGACGAGCGCAAUUGCGAUUCUCGUUCAUAGUGUUCUCUUCUUUUGCAUACUCACCAUUCUUGUUAUCGCUAUUGGAAUUCACAUACAUGCUGCUUGACCUCUCUAUCUUUCUAUAAAACUUUUUUUUUUA